AUGGCAUCAAUUAAAACCAACAAGAGUAAUUCAUAUUUGAAAUCAUGUUCAACAUAUACCGAUAAUGAAAAUCAUUUUUUAGUAGAUUCAAGGUAUGAAAUCAUACGUAUAUUAGGUAAAGGUUCAUAUGGAGUUGUAUGUUCAGCAAUAGAUACAAAGUCAAUAAAUUCAGGUAUUGAACAUAAAAUAGCAAUAAAGAAAGUAACCAAGAUAUUCAAUAAAGAGAUUUUAUUAAUUAGAGCCAUUCGUGAAUUAAAAUUGAUGAAAUUUUUCAAAGGACAUAAAAAUAUUGCCAAUCUAUUAGAUUUAGAUGUUGUUUAUAUUAAACCAUACGAGGGUCUAUAUUGUUUUCAAGAAUUAUGUGAUUUAGACCUUGCAAGAGUUUUAUAUUCAAAUGUUCAAUUUAGUGAAUUUCAUAUCCAAAAUUUUAUGUACCAAAUUUUAUGUGGAGUUAAAUAUAUUCAUUCAGCAGAUGUAAUUCAUCGAGAUUUAAAACCAGGGAAUAUUCUAGUUACAACUCAAGGAACAUUAAAAAUCUGUGAUUUUGGUUUAGCAAGAGGUAUAAAUCCAAAUUUUUUCAAAAAUCAUCAAACUACAAUUACAAAUUAUGUUGCAACAAGAUGGUAUAGAGCACCAGAAUUAAUUUUAUCUACUAAAUCGUAUAAUAAAUCAGUUGAUAUAUGGGCUAUUGGAUGCAUAUUGGGUGAAUUAUUUGGUAGAAGACCAUUAUUUCCAGGUAAGAAUUCAAAUGAACAAAUUCAUGAAUUAUUUAAAAUUUUAGGGAAUCCACCAUUAGAAGUUAUAAAAAAAUACAAUUGGAAAUUAGAUGGGGUUAAUUGGGUUAAAUAUAAACAAAUUAAAUGGAAGACAUUAUAUCCAUUUGCUCCAAAUGAUGCUAUUACUUUAUUAGAUAAAAUUUUAUUAUGGGAUUAUAAAAAAAGAUUAAGCAUUGAAGAGAUUUUAAAUAUGAAUUUUUUUAAAAAUGUUCGAAAUUAUUAUGAAGAACCAAUAAUGAAUCAAUUAUUUAAUUUUAGUUUUGAAGAUAAUUCAAAUAAUUUGAGUAUUUUAAAAGAAGUUUUAGAAUGUGAAGUUAAAGAAUUUAAGGAAAUGAAUAAAAUUGGUGUUGAAUAA